AUGGGUGGUGGGGGGAGGGUGUUUGUAAUGAGGAUUGUGUCGUGGAAUGUCCGGGGUUUAGGAGGGAUGGAAAAGCGAAGGGAAGUUAAGGAGUUAGUGCGGGAAAAGAGGCCUUUUGUGUUGUGUAUUCAAGAAACUAAGAUGGAGGUUGUUGAUGAGUUUUUAUGUACUUCGGUUUGGGGUCCUACUAAUCAUGACUUUUCUUAUAGCCCGUUUGUGGGGGCAUCUGGUGGUUUGGUUACGAUUUGGGAUAAGUCGGAAGUGAAGGUUUGGUACACCGUUCGUGGUGCGCACUUUCUGAUGAUUCAUGGAAGGUUUAUUAAGACCAAUGAGGACUUUUAUAUUGUUAAUGUGUAUGCACCUUGUAAUAGGAGUGCUCAACAAGUGUUGUGGAAUUUACUGUCAGCGAGGUUGCUUUCUUUAGGGAAUAACAAGGUUUGUGUUUGUGGGGAUUUCAACACUGUGCGGUCAGUCGAAGAAAGGCGUUCGGUUAGAGGUUCUCAGUUGGUGGAUGAUUGUGCACCUUUUAAUGAUUUUAUUGAAGAUAGAGUUUUGAUUGAUUUACCAUUAUGUGGGAGGAAGUUUACUUGGUUUAAGGGGGAUGGACGCUCGAUGAGUAGAUUGGAUAGGUUCUUGCUCUCUGAAGAAUGGUGUUUGGUGUGGCCUAACUGCAUUCAGGUGUCUGGGUGGGGUGGUCAUGUUCUCAAAGAAAAAUUGAAACUUUUAAAGGUGGCUCUUAAAGAUUGGCAUGUUUCAAAUACUCAUAAUUUACCUUCAAAGAUUGGUGAGUUAAAGAACAGACAAGCGCUCUUAGACGGUAAAGGGGAGGAAGGGGAGCUGUCAGAGGACGAAAUCAGUGAACUUCAUGGUAUUUCGACGGAUAUUCACUCUCUAUCUCGUCUUAAUACAAGUAUUUGUUGGCAGCAGUCACGAUUAAACUGGCUCCAGGAUGGAGAUGCUAAUUCAAAGUUUUUUCACUCUGUUCUGGCCGCAAGGAGAAGAAUGAAUUCGUUGUCUUCGAUUUUGGUGGAUGGGGUUAUGGUAGAGGGUGUUCAACCUGUUCGUCAAGCUGUGUUUACGCAUUUUAAAAAUCAUUUUCUUAAUCCAAGAUUGGAGCGACCGAGUGUGGGUCACCUUCAGUUUAGGAAAAUCUCUCUUUUAGAGAGGGGCGGGUUGGUCAAACCCUUUUCUGAGGAUGAGAUCAAGGCGGCAGUGUGGGAUUGUGAUAGUUUCAAGAGCCCGGGCCCUGAUGGGAUCAACUUGGGUUUUUUUAAGUCUUUUUGGCCUGAGAUGAAAACAGAGCUUGUGCGCUUUGUGACUGAAUUCCAUAGGAAUGGGAAAUUGACGAAAGGCAUAAAUUCUACAUUCAUCGCCCUUAUUCCUAAAGUGGCUAGCCCUCAAUCGUUGAAUGAGUUUCGCCCUAUUUCUUUGGUGGGGAGCUUGUACAAAAUUUUGGCGAAAAUUCUAGCAAACAGGUUGAGGCAGGUUAUUGGGAGUGUUGUGUCUGAAACUCAGUCUGCUUUUGUGAAGGAUAGACAAAUUAUUGAUGGUAUCUUGAUUGUGAAUGAGGUGGUUGAUGAGGCAAGGAGAUCUAAGAAAGACCUUUUGUUGUUCAAAGUAGAUUUUGAAAAGGCGUAUGAUUCGGUAGAUUGGGGGUACCUUGAUGAGGUGAUGGGGAGUAUGUCGUUCCCGACGGUGUGGCGAAAGUGGAUUAGAGAAUGUGUUGGUACUGCUACUGCCUCAGUUCUUGUGAAUGGCAGUCCUACUGAUGAGUUUUCUCUUGAACGGGGAUUACGUCAGGGUGAUCCUCUAUCUCCUUUCUUAUUUUUAUUGGCAGCAGAGGGUUUGAAUGUGUUGAUGAAAGCGUUGGUAGACACAUAUCUGUUUACGGGGUAUAGAGUGGGGAGAGAGAAUUCAGUGGUGGUGUCUCAUUUACAGUUCGCUGAUGAUACACUUCUUAUUGGGAACAAAAGCUGGGCUAAUGUGCGGGCGCUGAGGGCUGGUCUAGUUUUGUUUGAAGCUAUGUCGGGUUUGAAAGUUAAUUUUCAUAAGAGUUCUCUGGUAGGGGUUAAUAUUAAUGAUUCGUGGUUGUCAGAAGCGGCUUCUGUGUUGGGGUGCAAAGUAGGUAAAAUCCCGUUUCUCUAUUUGGGGCUCUCGAUUGGGGGCGAUCCGCGUCAUCUUUUGUUUUGGGAACCUGUGGUGGAUCGUAUUAAAUCUAGAUUGUCUGGUUGGCAAAGUCGGUUCCUAUCUUUCGGUGGUCGUUUGAUUCUUCUAAAGUCUGUCCUGACUGCUCUACCUGAGUAUGGAGGGUUGGGGGUUAAGAGGUUGAGGGAGUUUAACAUUGCUUUGUUGGGUAAAUGGUGUUGGAGGUUGUUAUUGGAGAGGGAUGCUUUGUGGAGAAAGGUGUUAGUGGCUAGGUAUGGUGUGGAGGAUGGCGGUUUGGAGGAUGGGGGCCGGAGUUGUUCUUCGUGGUGGAGGGAGAUUGUGAGGAUUAGAGAUGGGAUAGGUGAGGGUGGAGAGGGAUGGUUUGGGUCUUGUGUUAGGAGGAGAGUGGGAGAUGGGGCAGAUACUGAUUUUUGGCGUGAUUGUUGGUGUGGUGAUGUUCCUCUUUGUGUCCGGUUUAGGCGCCUUUUUGACUUGACUGUUCACAAAUCAAUCUCAGUUAGGAAUAUGUUCCUGCUGGGGGUGGAUGUGGGCGGGGAGGCGUUGAGGUGGCGUAGGCGGUUGUGGGCUUGGGAGGAGGAGUUGGUAGAGGAGUGUAGGGCUUUGUUACUAACAGUUUCUUUGCAGGAAUCAGUGUUAGACAGAUGGCUCUGGUUACCUAAUCAUGAUGAUGGGUAUUCUGUACGUGGAGUCUAUGACAUGCUGACAUCACAGGAGCAGCCCCAGUUACACCAUAAUAUGGACUUAAUUUGGCAUAAACAGGUCCCUCUCAAAGUAUCUAUCCUUGCUUGGCGACUACUGAGGGAUCGGUUACCUACAAAACUUAAUUUGGCAAAUCGUGGCAUUCUAUCUGUGGAGGAGCGGUUAUGCGUUGCUGGAUGUGGGAUUGUCGAAGAUGUUACUCAUUUGUUUUUGUCUUGUGCAACUUUUGGUGCAUUAUGGCCGAUGGUGCGGCAUUGGUUAGGAGUGGUUGUUCGAGAGGGCGACGGUCUUUCUUCCACUUGA